AAACAGGAUUUCAGAACACGAUUUGAAACGGGCGGCACAUGAGUAGCCCACACUCUAGCGCGACAGCUCACUUCCCCCGACUUUUCCCCCCCAAAAGCUACAUGCGCUUGGUUUGCAGCCGCUCGCAGGUCACUGUCUAGCGAACAUGUCCACGGGAUCCAUCAGCGACGUCGACGACUUUCACGAAGCGGAGCUCCUGGACGACAUCCUGAAACUCGGCUCGGGCAAGGACUCCGGUGCGUCGAACGAGAGCACCGAGGAGAGCUCGAACUGCGAGGGCGGCUCGAUAAGAGAGGACAAGGAAGGCACGGGCAAGAAGAAGAAGACCUCGUCUAGGAAGAACACGCUGAACGGAGUAGCGCAAGAGGGCAAGCAGGUACAAAGGAACGCCGCCAACGCCAGGGAGAGGGCGAGGAUGCGCGUGCUGAGCAAAGCCUUUUCCAGGCUGAAGACAACGUUGCCGUGGGUGCCGCCGGAUACCAAACUGUCAAAACUGGACACCCUGCGAUUGGCAUCAAGCUACAUCGCCCACUUGAGACAGAUUCUUGCCAACGAUAAAUACGAAAACGGUUACAUCCACCCGGUGAAUUUGACCUGGCCGUUUAUGGUGGCAGGAAAACCUGAGAACGAAUUGAAAGAGGUCCUGAACACAACACGGUUAUGCGGAACUACGGCCUCUUGAUUAAACUGAAGGACUUGCUACAGUAAAUGGGAACAAAGUAUAGCCUAUAUUUUAGGAGGGGGGGAAAUCUCAUUUUCCAAAGAGACGCACGAGGGACCAGAUGCAAAGGGGACCAAAUAUUCUCACUUGUUCCUCUACAAAAAAGCGACAUAUUUAUGGUAUUCACCAUUUUCGCCUUGCUGGUUCAGGGCCAAUGGACUAUUCUGUCAACCAUUUUAACAUUGUAGAUUCUUUAUAAAGGGAGUGUUGUUAAGUAGCCGCAGGUACUUUUACGGGUGACGUUGAUUGUCAUCGCUGUAAAUAUGAGCACACAAAAUAUACUGUGUCCAAUUUUAUUUAGAAUUUAUGUAAAUAAAAUGCAUUUGUAUUACUGAAAUUUUCUUUUUGGCUUACAUGCACUUUUGUGGCUUUCUUCUGGUUUAAAGACACAGAUCGAUAUAGGCUGCCCUACAUUUAUUAGUGGCAACUGUAAACGUAGCAAUUCGAUUUUACGUAGCUACAACAAAUGAACCCGAACAAAACAAUGGCAUCCAGUGAGAGAGAUAAGGGUAUUUGUUUUCUUAUUUAACUAAAGCAAGCAGAAACUACCAUCUCAGUAUAUCUGCCGCAAAAUAAACAAACAUCUGUUA